AUGAAUUCAUCACUUGAUAAUAUUCCACGAUUAGGUGAAACAAAAAUUAAACCAAAAGUAGGUGAAAUACGUUUAACAACGGACGGACAACGACGUAAAGUAUUUGAUGGUAAUUGUUGGCAAUAUUUAUGUCGGGGUGAUCCAAAUUGUCGAAUUCAAGCGAAAUUUACUUGUCGACAUCAUCGAAGUUAUAAUCCUGACGGUACAUUAUUAAAUCAAUCACCACAGAAAAUUAAUAAACCUAAACCAGGUGAUAUACAAUCAUUACCAAAUGGAAAUCGUCGAAUUUGGCGUGGUGUUCGAUGGCACAAUUUAUGUCGAGCAGAAAAUUGUUCUACUCAAGCCAAAGGAUUCUGUAAAACACAUCAAACUCAACGAAUGUCAUUACCAAAUUCAAAUGAAGUUAUUCCUGAAAAUUUUCGAUUAGCAGGUAGAACACGAUCAUGUACACUUGCAAGUGAUAAAUCCGAAAAAGAGGAACAUCGAGAAGCUGAACCAGAAGAAAAAAUCACUCUUACAUCACCAAUAAGUAAACGUCGUCGUGUCGAUGAAAAUAUUUUUGAAACAGUAAAUGCAUUACCAUCAGAAAAACAUGAAUUACAUACACGAAAUGGUCGUCGUGUACGUUGUAAUAAAUUAAUAUGGAAACAUCUAUGUGCUGGAAAGAAAAAUGUAUUAUACAAACGUAAAUAUCAACGUCAAAGUUUACCAAUUGCAAAAACUGAUUCAAUCAUCGAUACAGAUCAAAGCAAUUCUCAACAAACUACAUCAUUAUCGUCAGAUACAAUCAAUUCAAUAGUACAUCCUAGUUCGAUAACACAAUUGAAAAAUAGUAAAAAACGAAAAACAAUGAGUGAUAUUAAUAAACGAGAACAUAUUGUUCCAAAAAGAAAAAGUAAUGGACAAAGACAGAAAGGUUUCGAUAAGCCAAUUAUCUUGCAUCUGGAACCAAAUUCAACCAGUCCAUCUGUCUCUGCUUCUCCAACAAAAGAUCAAUCAAUUGAAGAACCUCUUUUAAAUGAAUCUGAGAUAUCAUUAUCAUUAUCAUUAAAACCUAAUCGACUUAAUACAAGUUAUCAAUCUAUCGAAAUUCCUGUUCAAUCACCACCAAUAAAUUAUGAUUCUUCUCCAGCGGCAAUUCUUGAACAAUUCGGAACAAUUAUAAAAAAAGAAAUAGUGGAAGAAGAAUCAUUGAUCUAUGUUCCAGCUACAUAUACAAAUGGAAGCGAAUCUCCUUGUGAAACAUUACAAGACUUUUUACGUGCUGAAGAUAUAAAAAAGAAAGAAUUUAAACUUGAUUGUCAACGUAUUAGUUACCGUUUAGCAAAAAUUCAAGAUUGCAUUGGUAAUAUUUCAUCGAUAACAAUUUGA